AUGUCGGUCGCAACUCGAGGCGGUGGUGGGACGAAACUGUUAUUCUCUGCAGGACCCUCGUCGGGUCAAGAGAGCAAGUCGGCCCUUGCUAACCUACCUUCGUUUGACUCUAAGAAUUUUUCAAAGUUUUUACCGUCUUCAGCGUGCCGUUCGGGUGGAGGGAAGCGACCCUCGGUGUAUCUUCCUCUGAACGAUCAGCCCCAUACGCAAGUGAUUACUUCGGAAAAAACGAAUAUUCUGCUCAGAUACCUUCACUAUCAGACUGGUCAUAAGAAGACGUCAAAACGGCGCGAACCUUCACCGUCGGAAGAGGUUCCACGGAAGAGGGCGAGAGAAGAACCAACAACAACGGAUAUGGAUACUAACGCUGAAAGGAGUGAUGAUGAUUAA